GAAAGACCCUUUGAAAGUAAGGUUUGCCCCGGCAUAGCAGUUCCUCCAGGAAACACAGCAUGUUCAGCGUGGAGGACCUCCUAGUUUCUCAUGGGUAUAAAGUGUCCAAGAGCACUCUCGCCUCAUAUCAGCACAGGACUGACGGCUACCAGCACGAAGCAACAGACAGCAGGUCUGGCAAUGGGAUCUUGAAUGGUUUUCAGCUUGACUCGGAGCUUGUUGCUGCAAACUCCACACAGACCAAGGGCCUCUUCAGUGACCAUGAAAAAAAUUGUGUGAACAAGAGAAGACAGAUCUCUGCUGCAGGCUAUCCCAGGAGCAAUCAGUCCUCGGACUCAUGUCAUACAUCAGAAGCGGGGGUCUUGGAUAGACUUCAAUCUGAACGGCCAUGUUGGGCUAGGACAGACAAAGACAUCCAGUACUGGAGAAGGAGAGGUCAAGAUUUCAGUGUUUUAUUCAAACAUGGAGAAAAUGGAGCAGCAGACAAGCCAGGCUUGCCCAUAAAUAUUGAUGGAAAGAAGAGAUGUAAUGUAGAAGAAAAGAAUACCAAGGAAUGUCACAACACUGUCAUAGAAAAUGUGGAAAAAACAAGGAAGAAAGUAACAGUAGCUGUAAAAACAGUAGAACAGCAGACGUCAGAUGGCAGUUGGGAGAAGUUAGAAGAUUUACUCUCAUCAAAUCCCGAACGUAGUCCUUUUGUGUAUCCCAGUAAGCAGAAAAUACAGUUUAUUCCAAAAGGUAAUUCUCCUGAAGGUCCAUGCCACAUGGCUAUAACUUCAAGUUCAGGGGACAACACUUGCAUCAAAGAAAAUAAACAGCAAGAUAAGGAUAAUUAUAUUGUAAAUCAGGACUGCAGCAAGAGUUCUUUCUCAAAACCGAAAUAUAGUCGACCCUCAAAGCCACCAUCAUAUGAAGUUCACCAGCAGACGUGGGGAGCUGUAGACGUUGGUGAAAACAAGGAUGAUCAACAAAAAGAUGAACAUCAAUCAUCUCCCAAAGUUGUAGAUGACCCAGAGGAAUCUUGUGCUCAUGACUCAGGCAUGGAACCCCCUAAUUACAUACCUCCUCCAUCAUACAAGUCCCCGCCUCUUCUACAUGCAGCCAAUAAACCUUUUAAAAAAGUGCCUAGACCAAGUGACUGCGUACGGCAAAAUAUUUCAGCUGAGAAAACCAGCACAAGUGAUAAAAAAACCAUUUGUUUUCUCGGAAACAACGGUCCUUUCACUAAACCAGCCAGCCACAGGCACUCAGAAAAUUGUAAACACUCCAUACAAUAUAUCCCUUUUGAUGAUCCCCGUAUCAAACAUAUAGCCAAGGAGGCCGAGAAACACAACCACAGUAAAAAACACUCUUCCACAAAUGAUCCAUGUAGGGUUGAAAAUGUGAAUCAGGACAGUAACCUUCACAAACGAGAACAAGACAGUGCCUUUAUCAACCCCAAAAAUUUGGGACAUCACCAUGUAAAAAGAGAAGGUAUAAAACAUAAGCAGUGGUUGCAUAUCUCCAUCCCAGAUCAAAUGUGUUGUCCGCUACCCGAAAAUAGAGAUGGAGCUACAGCAUGUAGUUUGCCAGAGGACAGUGAGCCCACUCACAAACUGUCUUUGAAAAAGACCCAUUCUGACAGUGUUUGUGAAACAGUGACAAAAGUCAAAAAGUUUGAACCUGAGUCUUUUGUUUUUAGUAAAAAAAGUUCCAAGAGGAAACUGAACGAAACAAUAUUUUGCUUAGUCUCAAUUCCAGUAAAAUCUGAUUCCAGCCCAUCUGAUAUAUGCAAGAACAACAAACGUUUAAUGGACAAUACAGACAGGAUGAACAUGCUGAAACACAGCAAUGCGGGUCUCCCUGAGCAAAGGCUUUUAAGUGCAUCUUCCAGUGACUUAGAACUACAAACACUUACAGGAAACCUGAACAAUAAUACAGAGCUACUAAAACAGGCCCAGUUCAAAACAGAGGAAAAUAAACAAGCAAAUGACCUCAGAUCUGGCGAGCUGCAACACAGGGAGCUGACAUAUUCUGGCUCGUGGCCAGGUGAUCAGUACAAAGAUCAGCAAACUCAAACAGUGUUAACAGACAUUUCUCCACUUUAUAAUGGGGCAAAAGAAAGUACACAAUCCCAGAUUGUUCCUCCAACUGGACUUAUAGAUGGUAGACCAUCUGCAGAAAAUAUGAGAUCAAGUGUAUUUGGUAUUAAGAGUCAGAUAGGAUUUUCACCUUCUAGCAACAGUGCAUUUUCAAGGACAUCCUUAUUAUUGACACAGAUACCUAGAACAGAGCAACCCCGUGAUCUCCCUAUAGUAAAUGUUGAUGGAAAGGGAAAAAUGGUAAAGAAUGAUAAGAGUGAAGCUGAGGAAGACCAUGCAUGCAAUAAGAAAGAGGUUUUUGGUCAGUUUCUUUUAAAACCUGUCAACCGGCGCCCUUGGGAUGCUAUAAGAGAACUGGAAAGUUUGAACAAAGAAUUUCAGGAGCCAGAAAGUGCUAAUAGCAAUGGUGAAAAGAAUGUAGUUAUAGAGCAAAGUAAAGUGAUUUCAAUGGACAUGUCUUCCACAAGAACAGCAUUGAGAAGAGAAAUGUUGAACAACAGUCGUCAUAUUAUAGAGGUAGAAGAGGUGCCAAUGUUUGAGGGCCUCCAAAGUAAGUCGGAAAAAUGGUGUACGGAAAAGAUAACAUAUAUUUGCGAGAGAACUCCUGCAAUAUGCAAGUUUUCCCAAGCGAAAGAGACCAAAUAUCAACCAGGAAAGCUGUCUGAUGGAUGUGCACCAGACCAAAAACAAGUUCAAUUUCAGAGGUCUAGAGAUGCCAUUUCUACAAGUGCACCAUUGAAUAUAAAAAUAGACCAAGAAUCUUUAGAACAAAGUCACGCAAAUAAAAUUCCCCCCACAACAAAACAGCAUGUUCCAGAUGCUUUGGUCCACCAUUUCAAAGAAGACAAAACAUGUUUUGACCAUACAUUUUUUGAUGUAGUUAAAGUUAGCUCAGCAAAAUUUGGCCAAAUUGGUGAUAAUAUGUUAAGGAAGUUGUCAUUAGCUGACAGAAAUCAUGGGCGUUCUGUUCCUGACCUGAGUAAAAAUUUUAGUGGCACAAGUCAGAAUGGAGAACUUUUCGAGGAGCACAACUUUUUGGACAUUCCAGAGAAUGAAUCUCUUCAUGAAAGAGCUGCUAGGAUUCUUGGAAUCGAAGUGACAGAGGAUUCUCUAGUGUCGAAUGGAAGUUCUGAAGCGCAAAGCCCAGAAAAUGUUAUGUGUGAUAGUGGAGCACAGCCAGAGAUGAAUGUAAGUCAUAAAGUGAGUGAAAUUUCAUUUUCAACAAACGAGGCAGCAAGGAUUUUCAAGAGUGUCCUGCAUUUGCCUGUAGACAAGGAGAAAACUGUUGAAAAAUUAAAGAAGUUACAACAAGAUCAGGAGCUAUCUUUGGUAUGUCCAUCAGUUUCAGAGCAGAAUGAAACAAAUAUUAUCCGUAGUGCUGAAAAAAGACUGAGGAGCACAUCCAAAAUGAUUGAAACGUUACAGGGGAAACUUGCAUCUACACCUAUUCGCACUGCUGUAGACCGCCUUGCUCGCAUGAAAGAAGUCGAUUCUGUCUCCAGAAUGAGGAGGCUGAGCAUUAAAAGCACAGAUUCAGGUGAUGAAUUAGAUGAGGAAAAACAGUUGUUCGGAACACAGGAUGGGAGAACCAGAAAAUUUUCUAUGGGUUCCAUUUAUAAACGAGUGAUCUCCCUAGAUGAAAGCCUUCUCAUAACUCCAAAAGGCAAAGAUAAGUUGGAUUUAUCUUGUGCAGAUGUAUAUGACCCAGCCAGAGUGGAGAGAGUAUAACUCUAUUCUUGGUAAAUGAUUGUGUGUUACCGUGAGCAUUGUGGGUCAAG